CCAUUAUAGUGCUGAAAAACGUCACUUCCGCAAACAACACAGCCAUGUGUGUUUCGUGAAUACUGUGAAGAACAGGUUUUCUCCAGGCUAACAAUUACAUUAUCAAGCAAAAGAUCUGGUUAAAGACAUAUCACCAAAGAUCCAUGAGGCUACACUUGUAAAAAAUCCAGCCUUUCAUAUACCUGAUUUUGCAUCAACCAAAAUCAUAAUGGCAGAACAGGAGCCAGCUGUGAAGAAGAUGAAGUUAGCAGUGAAGGGCAAUGGAAAUGCUGCUGUACCAGUUGGGGUGCCUGUCAAAGAUGCUAUCAAAACAGAAGAGAUUGAAAAUGUGAAAGAAGAAAUUGAAGAAGUAGAACAUUUUAAAGAGACUGAUGUUGGAAUACUUGCCUUUAUCAGCGAUUUACCAGGUUUCCAGGGUAUUAUCAAACAAAGAUUCUCAGAUUUCAUUGUUAAUGAAGUAAAUGAAAAAGGAGAAGUGGUCCAUUUAACUUCUACCCCAGCCAAAACUGUACCAGAUGUGGAAAUUAUCAAAACUGAGAAUCUCACAUCAACAGAAAUCAAGGAGCCAGAAGAAGAAUCCAAGCCUGCGGUACCAACGCCUGUCAAGUGCAGUCAGCUGCCAGAUGCUGAAGUGGAUGAACUCAACAAACUCCUGCAGUCUACAGACAAGUCUAUGAUAGUCACCCUUCAGGCAGGAGAUGACAAGGAGAAGAGGUGUCACAUCCACAGGGCCAUCAGGACCUGCUUCUCGAACAUGGAGAGUACCACAGUUGAGGUGGAUGGACAGAAAGUCAUCCAGGUCAAGAAACUACCUCCUCCCAAGAAAGCUAAAGGGGGCUUUCGCCAGGGGAGUUAUCAUCAAAGACGAAGCUGGUCUAGUGAGCAGGGUGACUACUGUCGCUUCACCCUCUACAAGGAGAACAAGGACACCAUGGAUGCCAUCUUUAAGCUUGCACAUAUGUUACAUGUCAAUAAGGGAAUAUUCCAGUAUGGUGGAACAAAGGACAGACGAGCCAAAACAACACAGGAAGUAACUGCCUACAAAGUAUGGAAAGAAAAACUAGAAGCUGUCAGUCCAACCCUAUGGAAUAUGAAAUUAGGAGACUUCAGAUAUGUGGACAAACCACUGCGACUUGGACAGAUCUGUGGAAACAAGUUUUCUAUCGUCCUUAGAAAUGUGACUGAGCCUGAUGACUCUAAGAUCAACAAAGCAAUGGCGUCCCUCCGUGACUUUGGUUUCAUCAACUACUUUGGCAUGCAGAGAUUCGGAACCACAUCCAUUCCCACUUACCAUGUCGGAAGGGCUAUACUUAACAGCGAGUGGGAGGAGACAGUGAACCUCAUCAUGAAACCACGACCGUGGGAAUAUGGUGAGAUUGCUGAGUGUCGUCGUAUUUGGUGGGACAAGAGAGACUGUAGUGCUGCCCUCAAGGUCUACCCUAAACGCUUUUCCAUAGAGCGUACCCUCCUGCAAGGCCUCAAAAAAAAUGGCAAGAAUUUUUGUGGUGCAUUUGGGAUGAUUCCACGGAACACACGACUCAUGUACCUACACAGUUAUCAAAGCUACAUCUGGAACUGUGUUGUGUCACGCAGGAUCCACGAGUUCGGGAUGAGGCCGGUGAUCGGGGACCUGGUGCUUCCUCAGGAAUCUACAGAUGUGGAUCUGAAUCAGGAGCAUGAGGGAGAGGAAGAUGAUGAUGACAAUAACGGGAAGAGAUUCCAAAUGCAGCCAAUCGUAGUGGACGAGUCCAACAUAAAAGACUACACCAUUUACGAUGUUGUCAUGACGAUUCCAGGGUUUGAUGUCAUGUAUCCAGAGAAUUCAGUGAAGAGCUGGGUCACUGAGAUGUUGGAGAAGGAUAAACUUACGAUUGAGAGUUUUCGCCAUAAAAACAGACAGUACGCACUGAAAGGAACCUACAGGAAGAUGCUGAUCAGGCCAACAGAUGUGACUUGGCAGAUGUACAAGUAUGAUGAUGUGGUGCAACCACUAGUGCUUAGUGACAUGGACCGACUGGAGGGUGUGCCGGAACCACAGUCUAUACCGGGUGGCGCCCUGAAAGCCCUGAAGUUGGAGAUGACACUGCCACCAUCCUGCUAUGCAACUAUGGCUCUCCGAGAGGUUCUCAAAAUGGACACUUCAUCCGCACAUCAGUCCUCCCUAAAUCCAACACUGGACGUCAACACUAGCGAGGACAAACCCAUGGACACCCUUGCAUGACCACUUUUCAUCUAGAUGUCAUCCAAUUGUUAUGAAUGUGACUAGGAAUAAACUGCACAAGAUAAUUGACAAAUACAAAUUUUGUUUUUCUGUUCAGUGAAAAAAUCUUGAAUCUAAGCAUUGUCCUUAAAAUGUGUUUGUUCUGGUGCUAUUGGAUAAACUUGCACUGUUCAACAAAAAUAUUGCAAAGCGGAACAGUCCCAUGCCGAACUGACAUACUUAAGAUCUUCUGAUGCAUAACUGUAUAUAAAUGUAUGAAACUAUGGAAAUUAAAGACACAAAACUUCA